CCAAAAUGGAACUAGCGGGAUUCCUGAGAACGAAGGUUGCCGACAAACAGCGUGUUUAAUGGAAAAAAUGGAAAGCAGUGAAUAUUAAUUUAAUGUGGCAUGCUUUGGGAAGUUUUAUAAAUACAACAGGCGUUAGUUUUAUAGUGUUUAAGAGAAAUGGAUGGAGAUGUAGUGAACUUGUCAGGGGCAGGGAUCCAUCAGAUUUCACUUCCUCCUGGGGUGGAUCCGACUACUGUUAUUUUGGAUAAGAAUGACAUCACAAAGAUCGACAAUUUAGAAAAAUGUCAGCAUCUGAAACAGCUGUCCCUGGCUGGGAAUCGAUUAGUCAGGAUGACCAGUGUGGCCAAGCUGAGGAACCUCACAGUACUGAACUUACCGGACAACAGUAUAGUGGCCAUAGAAGGAUUGAAGGAACUUACAGAAUUGGAAUGGUUGAAUCUUUCAGCUAACAGCAUAAAGGUGAUCGAGGGAUUGACUAAUAACCACAAACUGCGACAUCUGGACUUGUCUGACAACAGCAUCUCUCAGAUUGCUAAUCUAGCCCAUCUUGUGGGCUUAAGAACCCUCUUGCUGCAUGGGAACAUCAUUAAAACAUUGGAGGGUGCUUCCCAGAACCUCCCAAAGUCUCUGGCCAUCCUGUCUCUGGCUGAAAAUGAAAUAGCUGACCUAAAUGAGGUGAGAUACUUGUCAUGUUUCCAGUUGGAGCAGGUUUCUUUGAUGAACAACCCCUGUGUGCUUGUGACUUCCUCUAAUUCUGGUUUUGAUGCACGUCCUUUCAUUAUUAACUGGAUACAAACACUGUUGGUGCUGGAUGGCUACAUGGUCACUGAAAAAGAAAGGUUAAAGGCCGAAUGGUUGUACAGUCAGGGGAAGGGGCGACAUUUUCGUACUGGGCAGCAUUCAGACAUUGUCGAAUACCUGUCUGCGACCUGUCCCUUGACCACAUCGGACCAACUCGAGUCACAAGAGGAUGCAAAGUUAAGCCAAAUUCUGACCAAACAAAGACAACACAGGGACCAACUGCACCAAAGUAGUGUUCUCGAGUAUACUCAGUUGAGCACAUCUCAGCACAAAACCACACCCCCUGAGCAGCAAACUAAAACGAGUGUUUCCUUCUCUGUGCAGGAACAAAGUCAGUCAUUUGGGAACAGUAAGGAAUUUGCAGGUGUCAGCAAAUCUAAUUUUCCAGUCAGUAGAGCCGAGAGCCCAAAGCAUGGGGUAGAUCGGACUCCUCUGCAAGCUUGGAGUAGUUCCAAUGAAAGAAGUGUGUUACUCGGACUUCAGAAAGGAAUCAACACUGGGGGACAUCAAGUAGGAUGGCUAUUACAAGAUGUCAGUGUAGAUGCAGAUGAUGUCAAGAGUCAAACCAGUCUGCUGGAUUCAGAAUCAACCUACUUACCUCUAGAAAUCGCCCCCACCCCCAACAGACCGAUGACGGCGCCAGCGGUAACCAGUUCCGCCCCCCUAAACAACUACCCGUUUUAUAUGCAGACCGACAAUAGGCCUGCAACUUCAGGGGAAACACGAUAUGAUGCGUACGACCGUCGACCAAUUAAACCUCUAAAUACUGAUGUGUUCAAGGGAAUUAAGCAUAGUUUUCAAGUGUCUCCACCUACGCAAUCGGGAAAUGAGCCGGCUUUGGGAACGAAAAAGAAAACGCCACCCACGGCGCAGGCUCAUGACUAUGACACAAGUCAGGAAGUGUCGCAAAUUGAACAAAUUUUAAAUCCGCCCCCAAAGGAAAAUAUUCCAGUGGAGGAUAUUUCUAAGAUUAAGGACAUUUCACAUGAUCGGAAAUCCUCUGCCAGGCGGAGUGCUUCACAGAGAACAGAACGCAAAGCAACGCAAAGUAAAAAAGACAACGCGGAUCGCAGUAGUAUACCGGUGUCUAGUAAAAAUAGUGCCCCUAUAUCACGUACGCAGUCAGACUACACCAAAGGGCGAUAUGCCCCUCGCAAAUAUUCUGAACCUAGUGAUAAAGUGUCUUCGAGAACAAGAAGGACAGAUUCUAAGUCAAAGGGAAACAGAGAUUCAGGAGUGUUCUCCAGACCCAGUAGUGAUGCUACCUUAGAUGCAGACCACAGGGCAGCAACCUUAAUACAGGCAACAUGGCGUGGAUUCUGGGCUCGGGAGCAUAACCCAGAGGUGGUGUCAGUACGCAAAGAGAUCCGAGCUCGCCGUGCGGAGGAUCAUAUAGUGGUGCUCAGGUCCGAGCUUGAUAGGCAGCGGAAACUGUACGAUGAAGAAAGACAUUUGAGAGGACUCCAAAUGGAAGCCAUACGCUGUCUAUGGAAGGAAGUCCAAUCCCUCCAGAGCUGGAAGUCCGAAGUCCUCAACUCCCAGCAGUUUCGCAACACCCUGGAUUCUAGUCACCAUGACGACAGCUAUAACUACAGCCAGGAGAUACAGAAUACGCUGGAGCGGAUCGGAGGGGGUGGUCGUCAUGGCGACAGCGGGAGGCUGGGGUCUCUGUCGUCGGUGGAGGAGGAGAGACAGAGGGAGCUAGAGAAGACAUGUGCUAGUCUGCAGAACCAGGUGGCACAGCUCUCUCAAGCUCUACAGUCAGUGUCUAGUGUUGUGUUCCAAAGUGGCAUUAUGACCGCAGGCAUGGACUCCAUCACUAAUGAUGCAGAUCAGACAUUGUUAGUCACAGGGUAUGAGGAGGAUGAAAGCUCCAGCUGUGAGGAGACCAGUUAUACUGGCUCUAGAUGGGCCACGGUCCCCCAUUCCCUCUCGCCCUACCCCUCAGAGGAGGAGGAGCAGUACUUUUACUCCUUCCCUCAGUUAGGCUGCCCCACCCCUCCCAGGAGCCUGCAUAUGGAGCAUAAGGGAGAAAACUCCAUCGUCCUAUCCUGGGGUCCUUCUAAAAUCUUAGACUCUUCAUGUAAAGAAGUCAACAAACCACUUCUUGGAUACAGAGUAUAUGUGGAUGACAAACCAGUAGCCAUGAUCAAUGGUUUGGCUGCCCUCGUCCAUGGUCUUAACCCAGAGUUAACUUACAAGAUAUAUGUGAAGGCAGUUUCCUCUCUGGGAGAGUCUAACUCUUCAGAUAUUCUGAUGGCUGCCCUGUCCCAAGCCGCACGUAAACGUGCCUCUAGCACCGACAGCAACAGAACAGACAGUGAUCACGAUUCCACGGAAAGUUCAGACAUUGCAAGGCGACGGAAGGACAGUCAUCAGCGUCAGAAACGGAGAAUUAAAUCUCCUCGCCAAGACAAGAGACAGUCCAGUCGAAAAGGAUCCAGUGCUAGUGAUCAAGACAGACCUCCAUCUAGGUCAGAUAAAUCAAAGUCGGUUAACAGCACAGAUGGUGUAUUCAAACAGCCAAAAAUUCACACGAGACCAAGAAGUAGGGAAUCCACUCUACAUACAGAACCCCAGUGUUCGGAAUCUGCCCCAAGCCUGCCACAACCCAGUGAGUCCAAACGGUCGCCUCAGUCAGGAAGCCAGAGCGAAGGACCUUCUACCUCACAACUGUCAGAGACUUUUACAGUAGAGUCAUCAGAGUCCUUGCUGAUGGCCAUCACGAGAGCUCAGAGCAGCCUCGGGAUGCAGGAGUCGAGUGAACAGUCAGUGAAAACCCAUAGAAGAAAACGUAGCAAAGACUUCAAAGCGUCUGAUUUACAGGAUGAGGAUGUGAAUCAGAAUCAAGCAAGUCCUAAUGCAGGAAGUGUUAGUCCACAUUCUUAUAAUAUUGUAGAACAGCCAUCAAAAAGUGCAAGUGAAAAAGACAAUUUGAAUAGGAGUGAGGAUAUACCGAGAGAAAAAACACAAACGCACAGGAGAACUAGAAGUAAGGACUAUGAGUGGAGGAAAGAUAUAGAUGUGUCCAGUCACGCCAAGGAACCGGAGAAGAGAGAAGUGAAGAAAGCGUGGGUCAAGGAUUCCCCUACUGGGGAAGUACAUGGAAUUCCCAUCAUUGAUGCUAGUAAAAGACAUUCCUCCGGUAGCAGACCCAGUAGCCCUGCCCCUUCAGAUGCUUCAGAGAAGGCGGAAAAGAAAAGGACAGUGGCAGAACUUUUGGAGAAAUUCUCCAGCAAAAGCAGUGCAAAUUUUGGUACUAAUUCGUUAGGAACGGAAGGAAGUGAUCAGCAUGCUGGCUUGCCUCCUAGGUCUCGAAGGACCAACAGCAAUGAAGACGUGAGUGAAAGCAGGAGAACUCCCACCAAAAACAUGUCGCCGUCUGGCAAUGAUAGACGGAGGACUCCAUCCAAUGGAUCAGAGAGUGACGUGUCGGAAAUUUCUAGUUCCUCGGCUUCCAGGCAGCUGGAUAUGGACAAGAAACCAGGAAACACCGGGAUAACAAAACUGUUACAGAAACUUCAGAACUUCUCCAAGAGCCAGGAGGAGUCCAUUCAAAGUCGGGCCCAGAAAAUGAAGAAAAAGUCCACGUCGGAAAGUCCAGGGAUUGAGGAGGGGCAUCAUCGGCCAAGAAGGAUCAGUGGGGGGAGUGAGGGGGAUUCAGUGUCAGAAAGGACAGUUCAUCAGAGUGAUAGUUCCUCCCAGUCAGACGAUCCACAGCUAAAUAGAAAACCAUACAAAACUCAUAAAAGAUCUGGUUCAGACCAGAAAGUGAAUGUCUCUCAGCACCGCCAAUCAUCUGCACCCUCCACCCCCUCACAUCACUCCGCCCACAGUCGCCAUGGUAACCAGUUUGAUGACUACACGCCAAGACCGGGGUCAAAUGUCAAGCGCACUGCUUCAUUCCAUGGCGUGACCCCUUCACCCAAAAAGGAGGUGCAACCAAGAAGGAGUGGUUCAGAUGAAAACUUGUAUGAUAAAAUGCAACAGCAGCCUGCGGAAUUUUCGACUCAUUUACUCAUUUCAUCAUCAACUCAUUUUCAACUCCUCACAGACCAAGGAUAUGUUCAUGGGAGGAAUGUUUAGCAGAAAACAAAAACAAGAUAAACAAAGUGGUGUAAAUGUCCAACAUAUUCCAAUUCUGUCUGGAGCCAAGCUACAAAAACAGCAGAAACCACCUUGAUGGAAAACAGAACAAUUAUGUCAAUGUGUGAAUUGUACACGUGAUCACUGUUAUAAAAGAUUUCAAUCAAGUUCAAUGGGUAGAAGCACUUGGGAAGCAGGGAGGUCAAAUAUAAGGGCACAACUUCCUAAUAUUAUAUGUCGGAUAAUGGCCUCAGCAGCCUAAUUAAAAUUAACUGAUGAUAAAGUUAUUCUGUGACCUGAAUAUCUGAAGCUUGAAGGGGGAAAAGCAGUCUUAAAGCAUGCAUAAACUUUAGGUUCCUUAAUGUAAGACGUGAAUAUGCUUUUUACAUAAAAAAAAAUGUAUGAGGAUUGUAUAUUUUUGAAACAUGACAGAAAUCCUACACAAGGUUCAUGAAACAUUUUUUUUUAUAUAAUACUUAUUUUGUGUUCAUUAUGAUUGUGUAAUUGUAUAAA